UACCUACUCUCUCUAUUAAUAAUUUGUGAUGAUAAAAGAUGAACCCAGAGCCAUAAAGCCAGUAAAAAAGAUAGAUAACAAUAAUACAUUUUUUGAUAAAUAAAUUCCUAUUUUUGUUUUUAUUUUGUAAUAUCAGCUAAAUUUGCAUUAUUAAUUAGUAAUAGUAAUUUUCAAUAACAUGCGGGUAUUCUUAGCAGAAGAUAAUCUUUGUGCUCAAAAUUUACUAAAACUUGUUUCUCAUGGAAAUGCUAUAUUGGCUGAAAUAUUAAGGCUAAAAGACCACAUUCCCAAAGUGUUUUUGUUAGAAAGUAGAGAGAUUCAACAAAAUUAUCAAGAUGUCAUCAUGGACUUUAGUUAUUUUAAAGUAUCAGAAGUUCAAGAAAAGAAGAUCAGCGCAAGUACAAAACUACAAGAAUUAGAUGAUGACUUAAAAGAAAAAUACCUUGAACUCAUAACUCGGUUUUACUUACUCUUUGAAAAUAUCUAUCAGUAUAUUGUAGAUCUGAAUACAUUUGUAGAACAAUUACACGAUGGAGCUUUCAUACAACAAACUAUUGAAACAGUAAUGAAAGAUAUUGAGGGCAAACAACUGUUGUGUGAAUCCUUAUAUUUGUAUGGUGCUAUGCUUCUGCUGUGUGACCUGUACAUACCUGGAUAUGUGAGGGAAAGGCUGCUAGUUGCAUUUUACCGAUACAGCACAAGUCAGUCUCAGUCAAAUGUAGACGAUGUUUGCAAGCUACUGAGAGACACCGGCUAUAACCAGCAACAGGCGAAAAGACCUUCCGAUUAUCCCGUUGAAUAUUUUAGUCGCGUUCCAAUCCAUCCAGAUUUUAUGGAGAAGGUUGUAGGGAAGUUGAGAUCUGAGGAUAUAUACAACCAGCUAGCUGUUUAUACUAUUCCCGAGCACCAGGCGUCUGCUCUCGCCACUCAGGCCAGUAUGCUGGUCGUCUGCUUAUUUUUUACCCCUCACUAUUUGCAUAGUGAUACAUCAAAAAUGAGAGAGAUUGUAGAUAAGUUUUUCCCAUGUAACUGGAUUAUACCAAUUUACAUGGGUGUUACCAUGAAUUUAGUUGAUUACUGGGAAAACUUUAAAGCGGCCAAAAAUUCACUCAGCAAUACUUGUAACACCAAAAUGGUCAAGGAGAUUUAUGCAAAACGCGGCAACUCAGUACAGUUGCUUAUAAAUAAGACCCAUUUACUAUUGAAGGAAGGCACAUUCACUGAUGAAUUUGUCCUAGACAAUAUAAGCAAAAUCUUAAAUGUAAUUUUGAAUUCAAAUCAUGUUCUGCGCUGGUUACUGUUGCACAACAGUGAUGUAAUAUUUUUUGAUAACAACAAAAAGAGUAAACAACUAAAGGACUUAGUUACAAAAGAAUCCAGCUAUGACCCACUCAAAAUUCUCGAACUCCUGAUAAGUACGGCAGAGUUAGAGUUAAAAGUUAGAGAGUUUUUGAGGAAGCUGCUCGAUUCUAGAAGUGAUACUUGGAAUAAAAACAAAGAGCUCGCUUUGGAGGCAAUCAAUAAUCUAUCUGAAUUAUUUUCGGGAUCGAAUCCAUAUACAAAAGUAGUUGAAAAUGAGCAAUUGAAGCUUUGGUUUGGCAACAUAGCAAAACAGAUUUCAUCACUCAAUGAACCUAUCACACCAAAAACUGUAAAAAAGGUGACUCAACUUCUUCAAGUGUUGGAUAAUGUGGAAGAAUUUCACAGUAUAAAAAGUACUUCAACUGUGGUUCAGUUUCUUUGUGACAGUAAAGAUGCAUUGAAAAAUGUUCUGAGAGCUGCUUCAUUAAAAGAAGAUUCUCUGGUGACAUUGGAAACUGUAGCGGACUUUAGUUACGCCUGGUGCACCAUCGACUUGUACACGAAGUACAUGCAAGACAGCAUUAAAGAGAACCCAGCAGUCACAAGUAGACUUCGCGCGCUAUUUCUGAAGUUAGCUAGUGCUAUGGAAAUACCCUUGCUACGGAUUAAUCAGGCGCAAAGUGAUGAUCUAGUAUCAGUUUCACAGUAUUACAGCAGCGAACUGAUCAAGUAUAUUCAAAAAGUAUUGCAAAUUAUCCCAGAAAUGGUUUUUAAUAUUGUCGAAAAGAUAAUAGACCUUCAAACUUGGACAAUUAAAGAAGUACCGACGAGAAUAGAGAAAGAGAAAUUGAGAGAGUAUGCUCAGAUGGAACAUAGAAUGGAAGUUGCUAAGCUCACACACUCUGCUUCAACAUUCACAACAGGCAUUUUGGAUAUGAGAUCAACAUUAGUUGGAGUGAUAAGAGUAGAUCCCGCAGAGUUACUGGAAGAAGGUUUACUUAGAGAACUAGACGGGCAUAUCAGUAAGAAGUUCUUUGAAUUCAUUGAGCCACAGGUGAGGAAGGCAAACAAUUUGUUGCCUCGCCUCCAAAAACUAGCUGAAAGUAUGGACGGUUAUAAGAGAUCCUUGGAAUAUAUUCAAGAUUACAUAAACAUUCAUGGCCUAAGAAUUUGGCAAAAACAGGUGUCUGCAAUCAUCAAUCAAAGUGUAGCGAAAGAAAUCAGUGUACGAAAAGGCGUUAGUUUGUAUGGACCGUCGGCUAGUUUCAUGGGAAGUCUUGCGCGACAGAUCGUUCAAAUAACAGAUGCAAGAAUGUGCAUUUACAUAAACAUAUCAGCAGCCUGGUUUGACGCUAAAAGCCAUAGCGAAGUCAUAAACACGAAAACAUUUGCCAAACUAAACGACGCGAUCGGCGUGCUUGGUCUACAUGGUUUAGACACUCUUUAUGGUUACAUGAUAAAAAACCAGUUGCAGCAAGUUCAGAAUAUCUUCAGAACUUAUCCAGACAAAAUUUCGAUUGGCAACACUGAUGUAAAGGAUUUGGAACAGGUCAUUGCUAAAGGGCACAAGACAUACCAGCAACUGUCAGAUUUGAUAGUUGUUAUAGGCACUCUACAAAUUCUGCGGAAACACAUCGCUUAUCAGCUAAAUACGAGCUGCAAAUUUGACUCCGCACAUUUAGAAGCUUCUUUGCGUACCAUGAAUGAGUCUCUACUAAAUGAAAUUAAAAAGAGUACUAAAACGGAAACCAAAUCAGUUCCAUUAGAACUGUUGCGCGGCUUAGAGGAAUAUUUGGUUCGAUGUGGAAUAAAUGAGCCUUUUGAAAAGACUUACGUGAAAAAUUGCCAUGAAUUUGUAAACUCAGAUAUGGGACGCCUGAUGGCAGUCGUUUUAUUUUCACAACUAUCCAGAUUGCAAAUAUGUUUAACUACAGGUGAUUUAAUAACCAAAAAACCAGGAGAAAAUGUUGAUGGUUAUCCACUUUUGAUUGGCAUUUAUACAUUGCUUCGCCAGUCAAAGACAGAAAGUGUUGAAAUCUUUAUCAACUAUCUUUGUAAAUAUGCUAAAGUUGUGACUAUGAACAAAUUAAAAUCUGCAGAAUCGACUUAUGAAGGCAUACUUAUAAUUAGAGUGUUGCAACUCUUUUGUGAAACAUUUAGUUAUUCUUUCUGUAAAAUUGAAGACAAAUUACCAAUGGUUUUGUUAACUCAAGUUCCACAAAAAUAAAACGCGAUAUUACCAAAGAAUACUCAUCUACUAAUUUUAUUAUUACUACUAUUAUGUAAAGAAGCGACCCUCUUUCCUUAUUCGCCAGUAACGUAAGGUUACGCGUAUAUCAAGGUUACACCCUACCCUAGCUGUAGUAUUCAGUAAAACGUCCUUGUCCCGCUCGAUUUACGAAUAGCGCUGUCCUUGGCGGGACAUUAGAGGGUUUAAUCUGUUCGCGUGUAUAAAGUGUUGAUGUGUAAUAUUACUAUGUACAAUACAUAUUAAGUUUUACAGAUGUAUAAUUAAUGUAAUUAAGAAUGAAAUUUUUUUAAAAUAUAGAAUAUAUUUUUAUUAAAAUCAUAACUUGUAUUUCAUUUAUAAGUUUAUAAGUACAUAUCUAUACCUAGCGAUCUGCCCCGGCUUCACACGGGUAGCUUAUUACAAUUUUUGUGGGGAUCUCUAAUUU